ACAAGACGACACCAUGUCUUCAAAAGCAUGGUGGGAUGAUUAUAGGAAACGGAAAUAUAAGCCUAAGAACCGCCUCAGUUUAGAAAUGAUAUUUAGGAAGAGUCUUGUUGAAACCCUCAAGGAGUAUAUAGAUUGCUCGUCAAUUGCUGGACUGAGGCAUGUCGUAGCUAAAGACUACUCUAUAUUGCAACGAAUACUAUGGGCGAUCUUACUCUGCCUAACUCUUAGCGUUGUGAUCCACUUCCUCCACCUGACCUGGAUGUCUACCCUGACGAAGCCACUGGUGGUCUCGGGCGAGUCCUUUACGUACCCCAUCAGGAACAUCGACUUCCCAGCUGUAGCUCUUUGUAACAUCAACAGGAUUAGCAAGAAAGCUUUGAAAAAUAUUACGCUGGAAUUACACCCUAAACUGGCGAAACACAACAUGACCCUCCUAGAGUUGGAGUUUUUCCUCCAAGAUAUGGGCAGGCUGAUAAACUUCGAUUAUGAUGAGACGAAACCGCUGCUCAAAUUCCUGGAUGUCUUUGCCAUGAAGGAGUUUAGUGAACGACAAGUGAAACUUAUGAAGGAGUUGGCGCCAAAUUGUGAUGAAAUGCUGAUUCGAUGCUUCUGGGGAGGCAAAAUACUGGAUUGUAAGGAUAUCUUCAAAGUACGUAGAACUGUCCUGGGACACUGCUGUGCCUUCAAUUACGUGCUGGAUUACGAAUCGGCUGAUAAACCUCACGCUCUCAUAGAAAAAGUGAAGAGGCAGACAGUACCGGGCCCGGGAAACGGCUUAUGGGUGUUAAUGGAUCCUAUGCUCGAUGAUUACGCCUACCCAAUGACUUUCAGACAAGGUUUUGAAGUUCUCCUAUUUGAUCCAACUCAUUUUGCUGAUUUGACUGGCGGGAGAGUUUUGCAACGUAUUGCUCAGCCUAACCAUUUGCAAAUGUUUCAAAUUUCAUCAGUCAAACAAAUUGCUUCGUCAGAAGUCCGCAAAUAUCCAGCGAAAACGAGAAAGUGCCUUUUCCAUGACGAGCACAAAAGAAAUUUCAGGAAUAUGUAUUCGUACAGUGCUUGUAUUGUAAAGUGUCGAAUCCAAUCAGUGCAGUCCUUGUGCCAAUGCACCCCAUUCUUUUUACCUACUGGCGUUUCUACACAUCUUCCAACUUGCACUUUAAAGAACUUGAGAUGCCUCAAUAAAUAUAAAGAAAAAUUUCAUUACUUAUAUCCGAUGGACACUGAAGAUACGACUGGUUUAGAACAAGAGCUGGCUGACUCUUUGUUUUGUGGUGACUGCUGGCCAGACUGUGAGCUUACACAGCACUUUGCUAAAAGUUUCAGAAUACCACUGCCCGGAGAAUUAAUGCGAAUCAAAGGGUUCAGAAAUGGUUUCAUAGAGGGGAUAAAUAUUACCAACAAAUGCCUCAUUGCCAUUCAUCAGCCGACAAGUGAAGGAAUACUGCAUCGUCUCGAUGUUGUUGCUUACUGGUUCGAGAUAUUAAGUAAUAUUGGUGGAUUCGCAGGAAUGUUAAUGGGCAUUGGUAUUUACACAAUCGUCGAAUUUGUUUAUUUCUUGUCUAUACGAUUUUUACAAUUAAUUUACCGUAAUUAUGUCAAAUAUUGCUAACAUUUUGUA